GGCGGUAGAGUCCCGACAGAUCCAUGCGACCGAGCCUUCCGUCAAGCCGGGUAAGAAAGCUCCGUCUAUGUUCGGCUUAAAGGGUGAUUAACGAAGGAGAAGCAGCCCAACCAAAUCAAAUCAGUUCGAUCCUCCGCCGCCAACUCCAUCUCCUCGAAACUUUCCGCUAAAGCUCGCUGCUGAACGCCCCCGGCUCGCCUCGGCUUCAUUUUCUAAUUUGCAGGAGCUCGCCCUCUUGAUUCUGACGUUGGUUCGAGGGCAAGCAGAAGAGAUGGGCGAUUCUGAUGAUGCCAGGAAGGUUCGGAAUAUAUGCAUACUCGCUCAUGUCGAUCACGGCAAGACCACCCUCGCCGACCAUUUGAUUGCGUCCUGUGGCGGCGGAUUGCUCCACCCGAAACUCGCAGGUAAGCUUCGGUUUAUGGAUUAUUUAGACGAGGAACAGAGGCGAGCUAUUACGAUGAAGAGCUCUUCGAUUGCUCUCAACUACAAGGACUAUUCGAUUAAUCUCAUAGACUCCCCUGGCCACAUGGACUUCUGUAGCGAAGUGUCGACCGCCGCACGAUUGAGCGAUGGGGCGUUAGUGUUGGUUGAUGCAGUAGAGGGCGUCCAUAUUCAAACCCAUGCCGUGUUGCGCCAAGCUUGGAUUGAAAAGCUCACUCCAUGCUUGGUGCUCAACAAAAUUGAUAGGUUGAUUUGUGAGCUGAAGUUGAGCCCCGUGGAGGCUUAUAACAGGUUGUUGAGGAUAGUCCACGAGGUUAACGGGAUCGUGAGCGCUUAUAAGUCAGAGAAGUACUUGUCAGACGUGGACUCGAUGCUCGCAGGUUCUAUGGGCGGUGAGGUCGAUGACGAGAAUCUGCAGUUGAUCGAAGAUGAUGAGGAGGAUACCUUUCAACCCCAGAAAGGGAAUGUGGCAUUUGUGUGUGCAUUAGACGGGUGGGGAUUUACUAUUAACGAGUUUGCUGAGUUUUAUGCUUCAAAGCUCGGAGCCAGUGCAGCUGCGCUGCAGAAAGCACUUUGGGGUCCGAGGUACUACAACCACAAAACGAAGAUGAUAGUCAGUAAGAAGGCUCUAGGUGGUGGAAGCAAUAAGGCUAAACCCAUGUUUGUCCAGUUUGUGCUGGAGCCAGUUUGGAAGGUUUACCAGGCAGCACUAGAACCUAAUGGGGAGAAAGAGAUGCUUGAGAAGCUCAUCAAAUCGUUUAAUUUAUCCAUACCACCUCGGGAGCUCCAGAAUAAGGAUCCGAAAGUAAUGCUGCAAGCUAUAAUGAGUCGCUGGCUUCCUCUUUCUGAUGCAAUUUUAUCCAUGGUUGUUAGGUGUAUGCCGGAUCCAAUUGCUGCGCAAUCAUUUCGCAUCUCACGAUUGCUUCCAAAGAGAGAAGUUUUAGAUAGUGGAGUUGACUCAGACGUGCUUGCAGAGGCAGAGAUUGUUAGAAGGUCUGUUGAGAAUUGUAAUGGUAGUCCCAACGCACCAUGUGUUGCUUUUGUAUCCAAGAUGUUUGCUAUCCCGGUGAAAAUGCUUCCUCAAAGAGGUCCACAAGGGGAGGUGUUGAACAGUUCAAAUGAUGAAGGUCCAGGUGGAGAAUCAGAUGAGUGCUUUCUUGCGUUUGCUAGGAUUUUUAGCGGGGAGUUUUCUUCGGGGCAGAGAGUUUUUGUGCUUUCGGCUUUGUAUGAUCCCCUCAAGGGAGAAUCGAUGCAAAAGCAUGUGCAGGUAGCUCACUUGCAUUCCUUGUACUUGAUGAUGGGUCAAGGCUUAAAACCCGUUUCUUCUGCAAAGGCUGGGAAUAUUGUAGCCAUCCGUGGCCUUGGUCAGCAUAUAUUGAAAAGUGCGACUCUUUCAUCAACUCUGAACUGUUGGCCUUUCUCAAGCAUGGCUUUCCAAGUUGCUCCAACCCUCCGGGUGGCAAUUGAGCCGUCAGACCCAGCGGAUAUGGGUGCCCUUAUGAGAGGAUUGAGGCUUCUGAACCGAGCAGACCCAUUUGUGGAAGUCAGUGUUUCUGUUAGAGGUGAACAUGUGCUUUCUGCUGCAGGAGAGGUUCAUCUAGAGAGGUGCAUAAAGGAUUUGAAGGAGAGGUUCGCUAAGGUAAGAUUAGAAGUCUCACCACCCCUCGUUUCCUAUAAAGAGACUAUUGAGGGUGAUCUAUCCAAUCCAUUAGAAAACCUGAAGUUGCUAUCUAAGGGCUCAGAUUAUGUUGAGAAGACUACGCCAAAUGGACGGUGUAAUAUCUCAGUGCAAGUCAUGAAACUGCCACCUGCACUAACUAAGGUGCUUGACGAGAGUGCUGACCUCCUUGGGGAUGUUAUAGGUGGUAAGCAAGGGCCAAGCAGUAAAAUAGUGGAAACACAGCAAUCAGGAACGAAGGAAGAGGAGAAUCCAACUGAAGCACUUAAGAAACGUAUAAUAGAUGCUAUAGAUAGUGAGAUCAGCUCAGCGGCCGAGAAUGACAAGGAUCGCGCUGAUAAAUGUAGAGCAAAGUGGCUCAAGUUCCUUAGGAGGAUUUGGUCACUUGGGCCUAGGCAUGUUGGUCCAAAUAUACUCUUCACUCCGGACUCCAAGAAAAUGAUUUCUGACGAAGCUGUUCUCAUUCGAGGGUCGGCCUAUGUAUCUGAGAGAUUAGGCUUUCUGGAUACUGCUGAUUGUGAUGAUAUAGCUGCACAGCAAUUUGUAGAAUCGAAUCAAGGAUUGUACGAUGAAGCGAAGAGUCUUGAGAGUGGCAUCAUAUCUGGCUUUCAACUGGCUACAUCCUCUGGCCCCUUGUGUGAUGAACCAAUGUGGGGCUUAGCUUUUGUUGUUGAGGCCUAUAUUUCUCCUUUGGCGGGAAAAUCUGAUGAACCUGAAAAUAAUCAACAGCCUGAGCAGCAUGGCAUCUUCACUGGGCAAGUUAUGGCGGCAGUCAAAGAUGCCUGUAGAGCAGCAGUUCUCCGGAAUAAACCCCGACUUGUGGAAGCCAUGUAUUUCUGCGAGUUAAACACUCCGACUGAACACUUGGGAUCACUGUAUGCUGUUUUGGGUAGGAGAAGGGCUCAUGUUCUGAAGGAGGAAAUGCAGGAAGGGUCAUCGUUAUUCACGGUCCACGCAUAUGUUCCGGUUGCUGAAAGCUUUGGUUUCGCAGAUGAGCUAAGGAGAUGGACAGGUGGAGCCGCCAGUGCUCUGCUUGUACUUAGUCACUGGGAAGCGCUUCCUGAGGAUCCUUUCUUUGUGCCCAAAACUGAAGAGGAAAUUGAGGAGUUUGGAGAUGGCUCUAGCGUACUUCCGAAUACAGCGAGAAAGCUGAUCGAUGCCGUGAGGCGGCGGAAGGGCCUUCCUGUGGAGGAAAAGGUUGUUCAGCAUGCAACGAAGCAGAGGACCCUGGCUCGAAAAGUGUAGACAUUCUCAAACAAAAAACAUGUUCAUGAUAU